AUGCUGGUGGCUGACUGGUUAUGGCUUCCAGCCAGGCGGUGGCUGCGGUUAGCGUUGCCCCUGACAGAACAGAAAACCAGCCUCCUCGGAGGGGUUGAACCGUCAUGCGGGGGCCAGGCUACCCCCAUGAUACUACUUCGCUAUCUUAGGAAGCGCGCUUUUCCCCACACUCCGGUCGAUUCUCUCCCAGACUCUCGCUCUCCUGAUCGAUACGUCAUCGUCAUGCGCCUCAUUCCUCUCCUCUUCGCCUCGAUGGCAUCGGCCAUCCAGAUCCUAGCUCCCGCGGCCAACUCCACCUACCGUGCUGGAGAGCCUGCAGUCGUGCAGUGGUCGUCUGUAGACACCGACCCGGACACCUUCAGCAUCUACCUCGUCAACUUCGUCAACUGGCCGCCGUCCUACGUGCCGCUGGCCCUGGACGUGCCCACGGCGGCCCAUUCUUACAGCGUCGACAUCCCCUGCAACACCGACCCCAGCUGGGGGUACCAGAUCAACGCGAUCAACGGCACCAACGUCUACGUCAUCUACGCGCAGAGCAGCAAGUUCUCCGUGUCGCCGGCGCGCAGCCCUGCCCAGUGUGUCGCCAGCACGCCGACGCCCUCGACCUGCUCUGCGCCGUCGACCGUCACUGUCACGGUGAGCAGGAACUCUUCCUCUUCAUCAAGCCCUGCCAUCACUACUACUGCUACCCCCUCUCCUGACCACCACCGCUCUACUCGCUCUACCAAACCCGGAAUCGUCCCUAAGACUAUUGGCUGGAGUUCAGGCUACUCAAACCCCGUGACGAUUGACUAUGUUCCGACGCCGCAGCCAGCGAGCCCUACCGGACCGGUGACUUCGCUGGAGGUGUUUCCUCCGCAGCCGACCGAGGUUGGUGUGACGGUGAUUACUACGUGGGUGACUGUUCCGUGCUGA